AUGUCGUCGACUAUUGCCAUCCCUGCCUCCCGAUCCUCGGCGACGACGUAUGAGGAUUCGCCCAAGACUGCCACCAGCUCCUCGUCGUCCUACUCCAGCUCUCCCCAAACUCCAGGUCUCAGCAAGUCGUCGCCGUCGCAGUCCUCCCACAAACCCAAGACAGUGCAUGAGCGACGGCCCAGCAUGCUCAGCUCAGCCUUCUCGAAGGACGAGUGCACCGUUAUCAACAUUGGCGACCCUGACGGCCCCCCUCGAUUGAUCUCCUACCUCGCCUCCAGCCAAGGCUUUGUGUGGAAUCCCGAAAUCUUCCUGCCCUCCUACGUCGACUGCGAUUACGUGCCUUUAGAGAACCGACGAGAGCCUGUCCACGAAAUCCGACUCAGCGACGAGGAGUUGAAGAGAAUGUUGCCGUGA